AUGGCCAGAGAUUACGCCAAAGGUGACGCCCUUAGGGUUAUCAAAGCGGCAGGCGAGCCGUCGCGGCCCAUGCGUUUGCCAGUACCGAAUGGGCUCCUCCCCAAAAAUAGCAACCAUCUGUACGUCACGGUCGCCGAUGGGUCCAACCGUACUUUCAAGAUUGCGUGUAGCCCCAGGGGGUGGAAAGAGAUCACUCUCGGCAGGGGAUGGCAAAGGUUCUAUCAUGAAUAUAAGCUACAACCAUCUAACAUUCUUCUGUUCAAGCACAAGGGCAGGGACGACUUCAGCGUUCGCAUAUUUCAGUCACCGGGUGUGGAAAGGACGUAUGAUACGUCCGGUGAUGACUCCGGCGACAACACACCCCCCCAAGUGUCAAGGAAACGUACACCCGCUACUGAAGGUACCCGGCGUCGAAAGGGGUGUAUCAAUGUCCCUAGGAGCGCCGCUGCAGCUGAGGUGGAGCAGACAUUUAACUCGGAGCACCCCUUCUUCAUCAUGCACAUCACAAAAAGGCUCCUGGGCAUCCACUUCCUGCCAAAUGUGCCGCAUUUUGGAGAGGACGUCAACGAUUCUGCCAUGGUCACUCUGAGAUCGGGGGAGAUCUCCGUCCGGGCCGUCUACGGAAGAUACGUGGGCCAACGAAGGUGCAAUUGUGGCAGCAUUAGCCAAGGGUGGGCGGAAUUCUUGCACAAGUGCAACGUAACUGUCCCCAAGCUCGGCGUGUUUGAGAUCUCCAGUACCCACCCAGAGGUGGAGCUGUUGGUCCAAUUUGUUGAUUUUGAAUGA